AUGUAUUGCCUGCAGUGGCUGCUGCCGGUGCUGCUGAUCCCCAAGCCGCUCAACCCGGCGCUGUGGUUCAGCCACUCCAUGUUUAUGGGCUUCUACCUGCUCAGCUUCCUGCUGGAGAGGAAGCCGUGCACCAUCUGUGCCUUGGUCUUCCUCGCAGCCCUCUUCCUCAUCUGCUACAGCUGCUGGGGGAACUGCUUCAUGUACCACUGCCAGGACACCGCGCUGCCGCACGCUGCCCACGACCCGGCCAUCGUGGGCACCUAG